UUAAAAUGUAUACUUAUAAACUCAUUGAUCUUCAGUUUACUUCAGUUAUAACCUCAAACACAUCAUGUUGCACACUUUCGGAAUAGUGUUCACUUUAUUGGCUAUUACAGUUUUGUGUCAUGGUUAUAAACUUUUAGUGGUAUUUCCAAUGCCUUCUAAAAGUCAUUUCAACCUGGGAACUGCUUUGGCGCGUGGUUUUGCUAAUGCAGGACACGAUGUAACUUUUCUGAGCCCUUAUGAAGACAAUUAUGUACCUACUAAUGGAACGUACAGAUCUUUAGUACUAAAUGAAGUUUUGGAAAAACACAGCAAAAAUGAACAUGAUUUGUUUAAGUCUGGGGAUUCGACUUCAAAAUUUUUUAAAAUAAUCACAGAAAUGCUAGAUCUGAUAUCUAGGGAAACUUUAGGGUCAGCAAGUGUUAAAAAAUUAUUGGAGGAUGGGGAGACGUUUGAUGCAGUUAUUUUGGAAGAAUUUAGGAUAGAUUCAUUAAAAAUAUUUAGACAUCUUUUUAAAGCACAUUUAAUAGCAUACAGCAGCAUUGGGGCCAAUGCAAUGAUCAACGAUCUUGUUGCCAAUCCAUCUCCAUUAUCGUUUAUACCGGAAAUGAAUUCGGAUUUACCCGUAAAAAUGUCAUUUUUCCAAAGAAUUUAUAACCUCUACCUCCAUUUACUUUUCAAAGCUUUCUUCCAAAAUGUAAUGACACCUAACCAAGAAAAACUACUUAGGGAAUAUUAUCCAGAUUCCCCAAGUAUAGAGGAUCUGAAAAAAAAUGUAUCACUGGUAUUAAUGAAUUCGCAUGUUAGCAAUUUCCAACCGGUUCCAUCAGUUCCAAAGAUGAUUGAAAUUGGAGGUUACCAUGUUCAACCUCCAAAGGGCCUACACAAAGAUUUAAAAGAUUUUUUGGACAAUGCAGAACAUGGUGUUGUAUAUUUCAGUAUGGGUUCUAUUUUAAAGAGCAAAAAUAUGCCAAGGGAAAAGAUCAAUAUCCUUCUUAGAGCAUUCAAGGAACUCAAGCAGAAGGUACUGUGGAAAUGGGAAGACGACAAUUUACCUGGAUUGCCAGAUAAUGUUAGGACAAUGAAGUGGGUACCUCAGUCAGACGUUUUAGCUCAUCCUAAUGUAAAAUUAUUCAUAACUCAUGGUGGUUUACUUAGCACCACUGAAACAAUUUACUUCGGAAAACCUGUAUUGUGCAUACCAAUUUUUGGGGAUCAGCCGGUGAACGCACAGAAUAUGGUAUACAAGGGAUUUGCACUUAGGUAUGAUUACAAAGAUCUGACAAAUUCAGAAAAGUUUUUGGCGAAAAUAAAUGAAAUGCUUAACAAUCCCAAGUACUACGAAAAUGCUCAGACCAGAUCCAAAAUUAUGCAUGACAGGAAAGUUAAGCCUAUCGAUGAAGCAGUAUUUUGGGUUGAGUAUGUGAUACGUCACAAUGGUGCUGAACAUCUUCGUGUGGCUGGUGAAGACUUGACGUGGUACCAAUAUGCUCUCUUAGAUGUUGUGAUGUUUGUAAUUGUUGUUGUGAUAAUAGUAUUGACAGGAUUGUUUGUACUUUUGCGGUGUGUUAUUAGAAAAUUAUUAGGAUGUAGGUGCAAAAGUAACUCUGAGAAGAGUAAGAAAGUCAAGAGGAAUUAGUAUAUAUCUUUGGAAUAUUUCGUAACUUAAAUUAAUUUAUAUAAUCAUAAUAAAUUUUUAUUAAGGACA